UCAAAAGCAAAAGGAAAGGGCAUCAUACAAUACAAUGGAAGAAGUUUCCAUGAUGGCCAAGGUUUAUUACGAAGCAAGUUCAGACCAUGUUAAAAAGUUGGCUCAUGGCUUCUUUGAUGCGAUGGACAAUGAUGGUGAUGGAAAGAUAGACCAAAGAGAGUUCUUGGAGUUCAUAAGAGAUGAAGGUUAUGGCAAAAUGACAAAAGCGUCCUUCUUCAACCAGAUGGAUCGUGACAAGAAUGGCACUCUUGAUUUUUUUGAAGUGGUGACAAUCUAUUAUAUAGUUAAGAGCGGAAGACCGUUUUGUGAUGAAUGUAAUAAGUUCAUCACAUCUACAUAUUUAACAUGUAUCGGGUGUUUGGAAGAUCCAAAUGGAGGCUACUCUUUAUGUAUUUGCCUCGAUUGCUAUAGAAAGCAGAUACCUAAGCACAUGCAUGAUGGUUUGUGUCGAUUUGUAGACAAUUAUUCAUUGCUUGAAGCUAUGACCAAGUCAAAAUUAAAUGAGCAAAGAUCCAUGGAGGCAAAGUUUAGACCAAAUGAAACAAAUGCAAUUCCAGGUAGACCACCCAUGGUUAUGAGUAACAACCAGCUGACAUGGAAUCCAUGGUCAACCAUGGUUCCAGUUCCAUAUAAUAGCCAUAGGCCACCUCCUCUUCAUCACUCUCAUUCAUGGAGUCCAGGUUCCCUGAGUGCUCCACCUGUGCAAAACCAUACAGUCAAUAUCCAAAACAAUUACCACUAUACACAACACGUUGUUGCACCUAAUGCAAUUGUCCCACAUCGACAACGUUGGAAGGUUGCGCUUGAAGCAUUGAACACGGCACUCCAAAUCGGUGUCAAUGGUAAUACUUUAUGUUCAAUCCUAUGAUAAAUUUGUCCAAAAAGGUGUGUUUACAGUUUACCUUGGUGUUUCUAACUCUGUAUUAUGAGUUUCCUCAUUUAUGCAAUGAAUUCAUACAUAUAUGUUCAAGAUUGAGAUUCA